CAAUUGGUGACCUUAAUGCAAGGAAAGGGGCGACUGUACCCUGCGUACAGCAUAAGCGGAUCAGAGGGUGAAGAUUGUCCAUCUCCGCGUUUAUACGGCUCGCAGCACACUUAUCAGCAUCCACUUUAUCAGCAGCCGGCCGGUCUCAGUGACACGCCGACGUCGGAAAACGCAUCCGACGCAACCCUGACGGAUUCGGAGCUCGCGCUCGCACGUGAUUCCACCCUGUUGGUUCACAACGGUUGUCUUCUGGACACCACUCCGAGACCUCCCGAUGUACCACCAAGAAAUCCAACCAUGAAUAGACUUAAUGGGCGUUUAGCCUCACAGCCGUCUGCGCCCAAUGAGGAUUUCGAACCAUCUUGUUUGGUGCGCACGCCGUCUGGCAAUGUAUAUAUACCGACAAAUACGUUAAAUCAUUCAAAGAAUCCAACAAUGGAUUAUAAAUCAAAUUCAUCGUGCAGUAGUCCUUCGAAAGAUAUGAAGAACUCUGAUAGAUGUGGUCUUCCAUACGGGACCCCAGUACCAGUCCUACCCGUCCGCAAUAAUUUACGCCGCCCCAACUCCAGCCAUUUUCCGCCGGCGAGUCGAUUCCAUUUUCAAAAAGGGCUCGCGUCUAAAUGCAGCUGGAAGUGCACGGCGAUAUUUUUUGUAGUUCUUUCGAUUGUUUUGAUCGCAGCGUUAACGUACGUUUCGGCUUCGAGUUUAUUAAACUGGUCAUAUCAGACGACAAAAACGUGUACAGUUUUAGUAGGCGAAAAUUCGGAAGUUCCCACGUCGAAAACGACGACAUCCGAAACAAAUCUCUCAACGUCUAGCAAACCUCGACCCAUGUCUGGAGAGAAUGAGACCGAUACCGACGUGCUAGACGUAGAGAACACUACGAGUAGCACGGAAGACGCUACCACGUAUACGGAUACCACGCCGGAAGUGACUAGCACCGAAACCGUUUCUUCCGAUGUUAGUAGUAUGAAGUUACCUUGUCUUCCUACCAUUCUUAUACUUGAAGGUGGACGAACAUUUCCGGCUCAGUCCUUCCCACCGGACGGCACCACGUUUUCUCAAAUAUCGUUAGGUCAGCGUUUAUCAAAAGAGAUUUUACCUUAUAGUUACUGGAACAUGCAGUUUUAUCAGUCGGAAGCCGCGUACGUUAAAUUCGAUUAUAACAUUCCGCGUGGUGCCAGUAUAGGCGUUUACGCCCGAAGAAAUGCGUUACCGACGCACACUCAGUAUCACAUAUUGGAGGUUUUGAGCGGAUUUAAAGCUCGCACGACCAGAGCGUCACAUCCGUCGGUGCGUAAGGAGGUCACGCAUUAUAUGGAGCAGGGGCACUGGUUUUUGUCUUUGUACAAUGACGACGGUGACGUUCAAGAGAUCGCGUUCAUUGCCACAGUUGCCGACGAUAUGACCCACAAUUGUCCGAAUGGGUGUAGCGGAAAGGGCGAAUGUUUAAUGGGGCACUGCCAAUGUAAUCCCGGCUUCGGUGGCGAUGACUGUAGCGAAAGUGUAUGCCCCGUUCUGUGCAGCCAGCGAGGGGAGUAUAUUAACGGUGAAUGUCAAUGUAAUCCAGGAUGGAAAGGCAAGGAAUGCUCCUUGAGACAUGAUGAAUGCGAAGUGCCCGAUUGCAAUGGGCAUGGUCACUGUGUUAAUGGAAAAUGCGCAUGCGUGCGUGGUUAUAAAGGGAAAUUUUGUGAAGAGGUCGACUGUCCUCAUCCGACAUGCUCAGGGCACGGCUUCUGUAUAGAAGGGACCUGCUUCUGUAAAAAAGGAUGGAAAGGCUUAGACUGCGGAGAGACCGACAAAGAGGCAUUACAGUGUCUGCCCGACUGUUCCGGGCACGGAACGUUUGACUUAGAAACACAGACUUGUACCUGUGAAUCUCGAUGGUCGGGUGACGACUGCUCAAAAGAACUGUGCGAUUUAGACUGUGGUUCUCACGGUCGUUGCAUCUCAGACACGUGCCAGUGUGAGCCGGGGUGGACAGGCGACUACUGCAAUUUGAAACAAUGCGAUGCGCGGUGUAACGAGCACGGUCAGUGCAAGAACGGAACUUGUUUAUGCGUGACCGGAUGGAACGGAAAGCAUUGCACUCUCGAGGGUUGCCCUAACACUUGCUCGUCUCACGGACAGUGCAGGUUUAACGCUGAGAAUUCGUGGGAGUGCCGCUGUGAUAGCGGCUGGGACGGAAAGGAUUGUAGCGUGCUUCUCGAACAGAACUGCAGCGACGGCCGCGAUAAUGACAAAGAUGGAUUAGUCGACUGCGAAGAUCCCGAGUGUUGCUCGAACCAUCUUUGUCGAACCUCACAGUUGUGUGUGUCUGCCCCGAAACCGAUAGAUAUUCUUCUGCGCAAACAACCGCCGGCGAUUACGGCCUCGUUCUUUGAGCGUAUGAAAUUUUUGAUCGACGAGGGCAGCUUACAGAAUUACGCCCGCCAGGAGACAUUUAACGAAAGCGUAUUUUGGAAUCACUUCAAUACAAGUCGGUCGGCGGUAAUUAGAGGGCGAGUUACGACUCAAAUGGGUACAGGACUGAUGGGCGUAAGGGUUAGCACGAAUACUCCAUUGGAAGGCUUUACCUUAACCAGAGAUGACGGUUGGUUCGAUCUUCUUGUAAACGGAGGAGGAGCGGUCACCCUUCAAUUUGGAAGACAACCCUUUAGACCCGAAAAGCACAUCGUAUUCGUGCCGUGGAACGAAGUCGUAAUAAUCGACGAUGUUAUAAUGAAUAUCGGAGAGGACAAAGGUAUAGUGAAUAUACCUCAGCCGUGUUCCGCGCACAAUUACGAAACAAUGAAACCCGUGGUCCUGGCGACGUGGAAGCACGGAUUUCAAGGGGCCUGCCCGGAUAAGAGCGCCAUUUUGGCCGAAUCUCAAGUUGUGCAAGAGAGCUUGCAAAUUCCGGGCACCGGAUUAAAUUUGGUUUAUCACAGCUCGCGAACGGCCGGCUACCUUUCGACCAUACAGCUACAGCUAACUCCCGACGUUAUUCCGCCGACACUCAACCUGAUCCAUUUACGUAUUACGAUUGAGGGAAUACUAUUUGAGAAAGUCUUCGAAGCUGAUCCCAUUAUCAAAUUCACCUACGCUUGGAAUCGGCUGAAUGUUUAUCGGCAGCGAGUUUACGGUGUCACAACGGCGAUGAUUAAGGUAGGGUACGAAUAUAGCGAUUGUAAAAAUGUGAUUUGGGACGUACAAACGACGAAAUUAAGCGGCCACGACAUGAGUAUUUCGGAUGUCGGCGGAUGGAAUUUGGACAUCCAUCAUCGAUAUAACUUCCACGAAGGUAUUCUGCAGAAAGGGGAUGGUGCCAAUAUCUACCUGAAACAUAAGCCCAGAGUGAUUAUAACAACGAUGGGCGACGGUCAUCAAAGGCCUUUGGAAUGUAACGACUGUGAUGGAAUUGCUUCCAAACAAAGACUGUUAGCGCCGGUUGCUUUAGCAACAGCUCCGGAUGGGUCGAUUUUUGUUGGCGAUUUUAACUUGAUUCGAAAAAUUCUCACGGACGGAACAGUGCAAACUGUUGUUAGACUGAAUGCGACAAGAGUUUCAUAUCGCUACCACAUGGCACUAAGUCCACUUGACGGAAUUCUAUACAUAUCAGAUCCGGAAUCGCAUCAAAUUAUCCGCGUUAGAAACAUAAACGAUUUCAGUGAUCCAGAUCGUAACUGGGAGAUUGUCGUCGGUUCAGGAGAACGUUGCUUACCGGGCGACGAGGCGCAUUGCGGAGACGGCGCGUUAGCUCGCGAUGCCAAAUUGGCCUAUCCCAAAGGCGUGGCAGUUUCGGCGGACAAUGUUUUAUACUUCGCCGACGGUACCAACAUCCGAAUGGUCGAUAGAGACGGGAUCAUCACCACGGUAAUUGGAAAUCACAUGCACAAGUCGCAUUGGAAACCUAUUCCUUGCGAGGGGACUUUAAAUAUUGAAGAAGUUCAUCUGCGCUGGCCAACGGAGCUGUCCAUCAACCCCUUGGACAACUCACUGCAUAUAAUAGAUGAUCACAUGAUUCUGCAACUAGCGCCUGAUGGUCGCAUUAAGGUCGUGGCGGGGCGUCCCUUGCAUUGCGCCUCACCAACCACCGAAUACGAUAUGGAACUGGCUACUCACGCGACUCUAGUCAUGCCCCAAAGCAUAGCGUUCAGUCCAACCGGUGACUUAUUCGUAGCCGAAAGUGAUUCGCAGAGAAUCAACAGGGUGCGCAUUAUCGGUACCGAUGGUAAAAUUGCACCGUACGCCGGCGCCGAAUCAAAAUGCAACUGCCUCGAGCGCGGAUGUGACUGUUUCGAAGCCGACCACUACUUAGCCUCGAAUUCGAAAUUCAACACCAUAUCCACAGUCGCCGUAAGCCCAGACGGUAUCGUUCACAUCGGCGAUCAGGCUAACUAUCGAAUCCGUUCAGUGAUGGCGAGCAUACCCGACUCGAGCGCCGCCAGAGAAUACGAAAUAUUCUCCCCGUCCACCCAGGAAAUCUACAUAUUCAACAGAUUCGGCCAACACAUUGCCACUAAAAACAUUUUGACCGGCGAAACGAAUUACCUGUUCACUUAUAACGUUAACACCAACAAUGGCAAGCUGAGUACAGUGACUGACGCUGCCGGAAACAAAGUGUUCUUAUUACGAGACUACUCGAGUCAAGUGAACUCGAUCGAAAACACCAAAGGGCAGAAAUGCCGAUUGAAAAUGUCGCGGAUGAGAAUGUUGCAAGAGCUGGGAACACCCGACAAUUACAAUGUGACAUUCGACUAUCACGGACCUACUGGUCUACUCAAGACUAAGUUAGACAGCAGCGGAAGAAGCUACGUUUACAAUUACGACGAAUUUGGAAGACUGACGUCGGCAGUGACGCCGACGGGUAAAGUGAUCGGCCUUUCGUUCGAUCUCAGCAUCAAAGGAGCUACGGUUAUGGUAAAGCAAAACAACAAGGAUCCCAUUUCGAUCUUAAUUAAGGGGUCGACGGUUUCGACCAAAGUGGGCGAGGCCGAGCAUAAGACUAUACUUUCGGCCGAUGGAAGUGUGACAAGCUCCGCGCCUUGGACGUACAGUGUAGUAACAGAUACCGUACCGUACACUAUUUUGGCCGAGAUUGACCCUCUGCUAGGUGAAAGCUAUCCCGUACCGGCCAAGCAGCACACCGAAAUCGGAGGAGACCUAUCAAACCGAUUCGAGUGGCGCUACUUCCUAAAGAAAACUCAACUCGGCAAAGGAAAGAACCUCGCCCCGAAAACAAUAGCGCAAGUGGGGCGCAAACUUCGAGUGAACGGUGAGAACCUGCUCAGUUUGGAGUACGAUCGCGAGUCUACGUCGGUUUCGGUCUUCAUGGACGACAAAGUCGAGCUAUUGAACGUUACGUACGAUCGUACCUCGCGACCCGUUAAAUGGGGACCGCGCAACGGAAUAUUCGCGGAAGUCGAGCUCGAGUACGACCGCUUUAGUCGACUGACCAGCUGGAAAUGGGGGGAACUGAGCGAGACGUAUGGAUUCGAUCGAGCCGGACGACUGAACGAGAUCAAAUAUGCGGAUGGAUCUUCUAUGAUCUAUGCGUUCAAGGACAUGUUCAGCAGUUUGCCUCUGAAAGUGACAACCCCUCGAGGAUCAGAUUAUUUAUUACAAUAUGACGAAGCGGGCGCCUUGCAAAGCCUGACCACUCCUCGUGGCCACAUCCACACCUUUUCAUUACAAACGUCCCUCGGAUUCUUCAAGUACCAGUAUUUUUCACCGAUGAACCGGCAUCCAUACGAAAUAAUUUAUAACGACGAAGGUCAGAUUUUAGCGAAAGUGUAUCCACAUCAAUCCGGCAAAGUCGCGUACGUUUACGAUCGGUCGGGAAAACUCGAGACGAGUUUGGCCGGGCUAAGUUCGACUCACUACGUUUACCAUGACGCGACUAAUCUGGUUAAAAACGUCGACAUCGUCGAGCCCAACUUCGAGCUGAAGCACGAGUUCAAGUAUCACGCCGGAAUUCUGAAAGAUGAAAAGCUGAAGUUCUUGGGCAAGAGUGGAUUGGAUAACACGCACUACAAGUACCAAUACGAUGGAAACGCGCGACUAUCGGGAAUUGACGUCGAUAUCAACGGUAAGGAAAUGCCCCAGCUGAGACUGAAGUAUAAUCAGAAUCUUGGAAUGCUGGAGGCGAUCAGCGAUUUACGCAUCUAUCGUAAUACAUUCAAUAGAUCGGUGAUGCAAGAUACAAGCAAACAGUUUUUCACGAUCACCGACUUUGACGAGCACGGGCGAAUUAAGUCGAUCUUAAUCAAUAUCAAAUCGUUCGACGUCUACAGGCUUGAGUUGGAGUACGAUCAGAGGAAUCGUAUUAAGACUCAAAAGCUGACGGUGGGGAGAUCAUCAUUUUUGGACAAGAUUACUUACAACGCCGACGGUCACGUUUUGGAGGUUCUGGGCACGAGCAACUGGAAGUAUGUGUUUGACGAAAACGGGAACGUAAUAGGGGUAAUAAAGGAAAAGGAGAAAAUCUCGCUUGGCUACGAUAGCGGGGAUCGUGUCGUGCAGUACGGCGACGUCGAGUUUAACAGUUACGACAGUCGCGGCUUUGUAGUGCGCCGCGGUGAGCAGAAGUACAGGUACAACUCGCACGGCCAAUUGAUCCACGCGUUCGAACGGGACAAAUUCCAAACGUGGUACCACUACGACGACCGAGGACGACUAAUCGCCUGGAACGACGACAAAGGCAACGUUACCCAAUAUUUCUACGCAAACCCAAGCUCACCCGACUUGAUCACCCAUUUACACUUUCCGAAAUCAGGCCGUACCUUCCGGUUCUUGUACGAUCAACGCGAAGUUAUAAUCACAGUGGAAACCUCCGAGCAGAGAUUCUACGUCGCGACCGAUCAAAAUGGUUCUCCCCUCGCCCUUUUCGACACCAACGGAAAUCUAAUCAAGGAAGUUCGACGGACACCUUUCGGCGCAAUUGUGCUAGACACCAACCCGGACUUUUACCUUCCGGUCGAUUUCCACGGCGGCAUUUUCGAUCCGAACACGAAACUGGUAUUCCUCGCCAAAAAGCUGUACGAUCCCACCGUCGGGCAGUGGAUGACGCCGUCGUGGGAGAAACUGGCGACGAAGCUGACGACGCCGACCGACAUUUUUAUAUAUCGAUUUAAGAAUAACGAUCCAAUUAAUCUCAAUACCGACGUGUCUUAUAUGACGCACUUGAACAGCUGGCUGCACGUGUACGGAUACGACAUGAAGAAUAUGCUGGGGUCGGAGUACAUUAGCAAAUUAUUUUAUCAGCCCAAGGCGAUGGUCGCUUCACCGCAGCUCGUACCUGAUUUCGGAGUCAUGUCGGGUCUGCAGUGUAUUGUCGAAAAGAUCAACGAGAAGUUUGGCGAUUUCGGUUUCGUUCCCAAACCGCUUUUGAAGAUGGAGCCGAAAACGAGAAACCUACUUCCAAGGGUGGCGUAUCGAAAGUCGGUGUUCGGCGAAGGUGUUUUAAUAUCGCGAGUGAGCGGACGUGCGCUUGUAAGUGUCGUUGAGGGCGUAAACGGUGUGGUACAAGACGUAGUGACCUCGGUCUUCAAUAACUCCUUCUUUUUGGAGCUGCACUUUAGCAUUCACGAUCAGGACGUAUUCUAUUUCGUUAAAGACAACGUGCUGAAGAUCAGGGACGACUUGGACGAACUGAAGCGACUGGGCGGAAUGUUUAAUGUUACGACGCACGAGACGUCCGAUCACGGAACGUCUGGAGGGAAGGAGUUGAGGCUGCACAAUCCCGACGCGGUGGUGAUCAUUAAGUACGGCGCCGAUCCCGAUCAGGAACGACAUAGGAUUCUGAAACACGCCCAUAAACGAGCGGUCGAACGAGCUUGGGAGGUGGAGAAACAAUUGGUGGCCGCCGGUUUCCAAGGGCGCGGCGACUGGACCGAAGAAGAAAAGGAAGAACUGAUAUCGCACGGUGACGUGGAUGGCUACGAGGGCGUCGACAUACACAGCGUUCACAAAUACCCACAGCUAGCCGACGACCCUGGCAACGUCGCCUUCCAAAGAGACACUAAGCGAAAACGCCGAAAAAGUGGGCCGAGAAAGUCGAGAAUACACCGGCACGAGUCGUGAUUGAAGGAAGUCUUUAGUAGCUAUUCGACGGUGUAAUUAACUAAAGUACGUCACAAAUAUUUUUAAUGUGCCAUAAGUGAACAUCAACUAAGUAAUAAUAAAAUCCUAGUCGUUCUUACAACCUCUAAAUGCAGAAUUAUUUUUAAAUAAAUAACGUAUUUUUAAUAAAACCCAAAACGAGGUUAUUUUGAUAACAACAAUGAAUAAAUAGUCCAUACGACGUGACGGGGUCACGAAAAACGCGAGAAGGCCUAUGAGAGCGUGAACUGAUGAAUAUUCUUACACAGGGUGUACGAGUAAAAUGAACCACUAAGAGUGAUCUUCUGUAUAUUUCCGAGAAUUCUUCUAUUGUAUAAAGUAUAGUAAAUUUAACAUAAGGCAAUAAGAACUGUAAAUAAGCAGCUUUUUAUAUGAUAAAUAGUGCAGAUAUUAAUGAACUGAAAAAAGUAUGAGUCUGCGUCCGUGUGUGUUUUAUUUCGCUUAUUCCACAAUUAUUUGUGAUGUCGAAUACUUCUGAACUAAAGAGAAUAGAGUAACAGUAAAUAGAUAAUCCGUACUACGUGUAAAUAUGUAACGAUAAUUUUUUAUGUUUGUCGAUUUUAUCCUGGUGCUUGUCUACCGCUACCUUCCAAACACUAGAAAACUGGGCCGUAACGAAUGUAUUGUAUAGGUCCAUUGAUCAUUAGAAUAGCGUACUUUAGAUAUAUAUUGUAUACAUGGAAAACGUACGUACACUUCACUUUAACUGUCUAUUUGCCGGUAAUACAUAAUAAUAUGUAAUUAUUUCUUUGCGAUAGUUUACUCAUACUAUAAUCAAAUAGGUACAGCUGUUGUAAUGAUAAAUGACCUUCGAUAGAUUUAACUAAUUAUCAUAUAUGUGAAUUAUCGUUUGAUCAUUUUAACGAGAAAAAAAAGAAUAAGUUGGGGCAGGCAUUUUGCCAACGUGGAAAAGUGAUAUUUUUUCAAAAAUGUGACUAACAAAGAAAGCAAUACUUUGUAUCGUAUAUAAUUAUAUAUAUUUUAAUUGAUAAUCAAUAUUGUAUGUGCAAUUGUUGUGUGGUUGUUCGCAGCCAGCACCGGUAACAAUUAUAAAUUAUGAACAUAAUUGUGGGCGAUUUAUUAUUACGUUUUAUGUAAUGUAUAGGUAUAUAAAUUUAUUCUGUAUAUUGUUUUUUAAUAUGUAAAUAUAUUUUGUUCUAUUCAAUGA